CCUCAAGUCUCCUUAGGCUGCCAUGUUCUUCACUCAUUCGAGGCUGCCUAGAGUCAGUCUCUGGUCUUCAUCUUCUACGCUUCGAGCCUCGUCCAGGAGCGGCGGCGGCGGCGGCUAUCACACCAAUGGUGUCAUUCGGUGAAAGCGGGACACUGCUAUUUCGAACACCAAUGAUGCGAGGAUGAUGAUGCUCUGUGCUAAUGGGCAUGAAAUCCAGCCGUGCCCCGGGCCCAGUUUGAGGCCAAUUUAGACAGCGGCUGUCAUGGAACCAGAGGCCGAUCCCGCUCAGAUCAGCUAGGCCGGGGGAAACGGCCUCGGGAUUGGUCCCAAGCCUCAGCCCUAUGUUGAUGCAAAGCAGCGAUGAUGCACUCGAUGUGCUUUUGGUUCAGCAACACAUCCGUUCCUGGGUCAAUGUCGGGCUGUCGAUGCCGGCAUGUUCCAUCCUUUUUCUUUGUCGGAUUCAACAGUCACCAAUAUCGUCCUGGUCGCAAUCCUACCUGAUACACAUUGUUGUUGCUUUGAGGCCAUUCAGAGUCGCAGAGGUCCGCGCCCACAAAUUGCCGACAUUGAGGGAAUAGCAAUGGAGCCACUCACUGAGUCUGCUGUGUGCUUGGCUGACUACGGUCUCGUACCCACGCUAAGCACACCUAUCCCGGCAACGAUGCUGGUUAGCGAUUCCUUCGCCGACUGGCACACGCACAUGAUCUGGCACCGAGGGCGGAAUUUGGUUCAGACGUCGAGGUGCUUCCGCCAUGGGUGCGAAAUCGGCGACUUGGGCGACCGCUCCCUUCCCCGGACAACCUUCUCUUCUCUUUCGACAACUAGACCGUUCGUUCCUACAAUCAACCCAGAAUAGAUUCGCUUUUGAACCCCAACCAAGAGUACCUACCCGCAAAAGUGCUUCCUUCGGGGUGUCGCUGGUUCCAGAACCGGGGCUUACCAGGCAGAUUUCCAACUGUGCCCGGCGAGACUCUCUGCUGCCUGCCUUGGACUUGCGGGGGUGUGGGCUAGACCCGAGACAAACGAGAGCAACGGACUGCUCUGCCUAGAGGAUGGCCAAGCCUAUUCGAUGUAAUUAGAGGCGCAAUGACAGCUCCCGUCUGCCGUUCUCUAGUACACCUUUCCUAAGCUUCGCACUAGGUGGUUGACACCCGGUCAUAGUCGGAACUUCCCUUCAACUACGCAUUGUUUAAAGAUAUAAAGCUUGCGCAAAGAGCCGUCUUCAGAAUGAACCAGCAAGAUCAACAGCCUCAUCAACAUUCCAUGAGUUCUACCUCGUCUCGCCAACCACCGCCCAUCCAGACAGCUUACACCCCAAACGAAGCCUGCGAUCUCCUUCGUAAACUCCAAGAGAACACAAUCGCAGCUCUAAGAACGUCGAACAACAACACCAUGAGCUCCAACAACCCCUACGGUAGCGGCGGCGGCGGCAGCUCUAAGGGCACCUCGCCCGAUGACAAGAACAACGCGUACGACCAAUACGCCAUCUUCGACGGCCUCCUCCCUCGGAUAGAGACGAGAGGACAAAGCAAACACUCGUCCAAAAAGAGCAGCGGCAAGAAGAAGGAAGGCAAAAGCUCAGGUCAACAGUACGUCCCUCCGACAGACAGCCAGGACGCAGGCACAGGCACGGGCGCGGGCGCGGGUGCUGACGGAUCAAAAAAUAGCUGAGGGGCCUGCGACACUUUUCCUCCAUCUAGGCCGUACUGUUUGCAGAGCGAAGUUGCGACCCGUGGAUGGUCGGCAGCUGAGUUUCGCAGGGCCAAGGAACGCUCGAGGUUGGUUAACCAACACGGUAACCAGUCACUACCAUUGAAGUGAACUCAGACGACCCGUUUUGAAUGGCAGAGACAACGAGAGGGGAAUGGGAGCAUUUGGCAAUUGGGCUGGCCGGUCUCGAAUCUCAAUCAGUAGACAUCGAGGUCGAGUGUCGUGUAAUUUGUUUUGAUUUUGGCUGGGGCGACUUCCAGCGGGCCGUCUUUUGGACUGAAUGUGCGGAUCGAAGUAGAGGGAAGAGGGCUUCGAUUGCCACCGGCGUUUGUUUGGGCCUGGUUUUGACAGCGUGAAAGAAGUAUUAUAGGAAGGGCGGUAUAUCAACUGGGCUUCACGACCAUUCGCCCACAUAUCUUU